AUGCUCGUUGCUCUCUCCAUUUUUGCCUUGUCGCUUUCUUUUCUUGUUUACCAGCGCCCACCCUCGACAUGGCUUGCCUUUAUCACUCGCCUCAGCCGACCAGGAGCGAGCACGAUACCCGAUAAGUCGCAGAAUGGCAACAAAGAAGGCCCCACCCCGGCCAGGGAGGAGCGCAUAGAGCUCAAGUCUCCAUCGAACAAUGAGGCAGUUGAUGGGAUUGACAAAAGCUCAUCUCUCGAGUCUACGCCAAAGGCUAUGCCGAAAUCAGACGAUAAAGCACCUCCAGUACCCUCCUUCACGCUCAACGAGCACGACAGUUCGGAUGAAGAGGAGGAAGACAAUUUGCCGCCACCUUCAUUUCCAGCUAUGAACUCGGCACAAAGAGCCUCUCAAGCGCCUCCUCAAUUCGCCAUGCCUCCACCUCAAAAGCCGACCCUUAUGGCGCCACCUCCCAAACCCACUACGUCUCUCAUGCCGCCACCGAAGGUCGCAGCCUCGAGUCUACGUCCCCUCCCCAGCUCCACAUCGUCACAAUCUAUGCGCGUACCCACCACCGGUCCUCUUCCGAACCGCGGACCGCUUCCGAAUCGAGGCCCGCCCACCUCAAACGGAGGUCUCGGAGUCCCACCAAGCGCAGGCCCCGCCAUCAAGACACCAAACGCACGGGGCAAAGUGCUCCUGUCGCCAGGUCACUCGCCGCUCGACUGGGCCCACCUGCAGAAAUCCGGCAAAAACUUGUCUGGCGUCGACUCCAUGAUUCGCGUUACACCGGCCAUGCUCAAGGAGAAGAAUGGGCGCAAGGGCAAAGAUGCGUGGUCGUGCUAUCAGGGAAAAGUGUACAAUAUCUCGCCCUACCUCCCGUUUCAUCCCGGUGGAGAAGGCGAGCUGCGUCGCGCGGCGGGUAAAGACGGGACCAAGUUGUUCAUGGAAGUGCAUCCGUGGGUCAAUUGGGAGAAUAUGCUUGGCGAGUGCAUGGUAGGUAUUAUGGUUAGCGAGGAGCAGGUACCCAAGGCGGUAGAGGGUGAUCUAGAGGAUAUGGAUUGA